AUGGCAAGUGGAGCAACGGUGGGAGUAGAGAUUCGUAAGGUAGCUGCAACAACUUCGGUAGGACUGGAAACCCUGGGCAUAAUAGGAGGUGGAUGUGAAGUCAUGCGUUAUGCAUGGCCCAAGAUGAAGGUAACAUUCUCCAUCAGAGAAAAUGGGGAGACUGUUCCAACAGACUUGAAGGACCCACCAGUGGUGCUCUAUGGACCCCACCGUCAAUGGAAAGGGCUCCUCGACACUCAUCCGGUGGAUCUUUUGGUGAUCGAGAAAGGCCACUACACUCGACCAAGUGGCGGCCCCAAUCGAGAACCAUGGGAGGACAUGGUGGAUUCCAUGCCUCCCAAACACAGACCGAAGGUUAUCAUUGAAUCCUGGCGCUCGGACCCAACUUUGUGGCAGUACGGACCAACAAGCAAACCUACAACUACUAGAUGGAGAGAAGCUGGCUACAACAUCAAUUGCCGUACUAUCAAGGCAACAGCAAUAGGAGGUGCCAUCACCCAAGAACGGCUACUGGUGGUUCGGACAAGAAUUGAUUGUCGGGCACAAUGGACAUGGGACAGUUUAGAUCGAGAUCUGUCUGUGAUCCGACCUAUGGGAAAUCUCCUCACGCCACCGGGAUUGGUACCGCGCAACUCCUACUCCCAAUCUGGCAGUGCACACACACCCCACUCCCUACACGACCCGAUGCCUAACCAAAUAGGAGCAUGGAUCAAAACGAAGAAGGGUGUUCGACAACUCAUGAAGGAAGAAGUUGCACGGGGACUGGGCAUCCCCAAAGGCUGCGAAACUGAGCUGUCACACAAGAGCCUCCAACAAACUACAUCACUUUUCCAUUGGGAAUACCUGUCUUUCUCGCUACAAUAUUUAUUCAGCCACCCAACUUCUGCAUCCGCGAAAACGACACAGGGACCAAAGACCGGGAACCACUUGUCCGGGGCAACGACCAUCACACUCGACAACAAUGUGUUCAAUUGGAAUCCCCCAGAUCUUUCCUUGGGUAGCCCCUGGCACACACUACGACUCGCCAACCUCCGCUGGGCCGCUGACCAUUAUCCGGAACCAGACAACAUUUACUGGGAUGACAUCCAACAACUAGCCGUCCACCGGAACAACUACAACUCGGAGGGACCGGACCCCAAACGACUUCAACUUUUAUGGUGGGCUGCAACACUGGUUCCAACCUUUGGAGACGGAAGUGGAACUGGCACCGGGGGCACCAUACAACUCCCAAAUUGUGACUUUGAGAUGUGGCAAGGAAAAUGGAAACCAUCCAUCUACAUCUUCCCUUCUGUAUGGAAAGAGUUAGCGACCCUGAAAGAGACCCUGCUUCGAAUCAAAGAAAGCUCCCAUGCCCACCAGGUGAUUGGGACUACCGUUUUCUACUUCACUGACAACUCGGGAGUUUACUGGAUUGCCACCACAGGCUCUUCCCGAACACGCUCCCUCCACAAAUUGAUUAGCGAGAUCAGACU